AUGAAAUAUUUAAAUGUUGCUGAAAAAAAUGAUGCUGCGAAGAAUAUUGCCUUACAUUUGUCAAGAGGCACUUCUAAAAGGCGAGAAGGACUUUCUCAAUACAAUAAAAUAUAUGAAUUCGAUGCAGAGGUAUUUGGGCAAAAAUGUCAAAUGAUCAUGACUUCUGUAUCAGGACAUCUUCUUGCAUUAGAUUUUGUGAGUUCUUAUAAGAGCUGGCAAUCUUGCAACCCACUUACACUUUUUAAUGCACCAGUCAUAAAGUACUGCCCAGAGAAUUAUGAAAAAAUUAAGAAAACUUUAGAAAGAGAAGUCCGAAGCUGUCAAGGUCUGAUUAUAUGGACAGAUUGUGAUAGAGAAGGAGAGAAUAUAGGCUUUGAAAUAAUAGAGGUUUGCAGUGCUGUUAAAAGCAACUUGAAAAUAUACCGUGCCAAAUUCUCAGAAAUUACUUCUGUGUCUGUGAAUCGUGCACUACGCAACUUGGAGCAGCCUAACAAGAAUAUUAGUAAUGCAGUUGAUGUGAGACAAGAACUGGAUUUAAGGAUAGGUGCUGCAUUUACACGUUUUCAAACCUUAAGGUUACAAAAAGUGUUUCCUACAAAACUCUCUGAUAGCCUUAUAAGUUAUGGGUCAUGCCAGUUUCCAACAUUAGGAUUUGUUGUGGAGAGGUAUAGAGCAGUGAACAAUUAUGUGGCAGAAACAUUUUGGAAAAUAAAAGUGAACCAUACCAUGAACAAUCUAAGCGUGGAUUUCUCCUGGGACAGAGUGAGACUGUUUGACCAAGAGGCUUGCCAGCUACUCCACGAGAUAUGUGUAGAGACACCUAUAGCGAAGGUGAUCAGUGUUAAAACAAAGCCGAAAUCCAAAUGGAGACCAUUGCCUCUCGACACCGUUGAAUUGGAGAAGCUGGCGUCGAGGAAGCUGAAGAUAAACGCGAAGGAGACCAUGCGACUGGCGGAGAAGCUGUACACCCAGGGUCUGAUCAGCUACCCGCGCACGGAGACCAACGAGUACCCCAAGGAGAUGAACCUGGGGAACCUCGUCGGGAUGCAGACCGCGGACCCCAACUGGGGCAAUUUCGCUCAGGGCAUUUUGGACAGCGGGGGACCCACGCCCAGGCAAGGCAACAAGAGCGACAAAGCCCAUCCUCCCAUACAUCCGACUAAAUACGCCAACGGACUGUCGGGAAACGAGCAGCGUUUAUACGAGUUUAUAGUGCGCUCUUUCCUCGCCUGCUGCUCCAAGGAUGCUCAAGGCCAGGAGACCUCAGUCAGCAUAGAAAUAGCCAACGAGACGUUCUCAGCCAGUGGUCUUAUGAUCACGGCGAGGAAUUACCUGGACGUAUACCCUUAUGACAGAUGGUCCUCUAAGGAGAUUCACGUGUAUGAGAACGGUCAAACCUUCAAUCCGACAAGCAUAGAUCUGGUGGAUGGGAAUACUUCGCCGCCCAAUUUGUUAACGGAGGCAGACCUUAUCGCGCUUAUGGAGAAACAUGGGAUCGGCACGGACGCUACUCACGCCGAGCACAUAGAGACGAUCAAGAGCAGGGCGUACGUGGCGCUGGCGGACGGGGUCCACUUCGUGCCGGGUCUACUGGGCAUGGGCCUGGUGGAGGGUUAUGAUGCGAUGGGUCUGGGAGUGUCGCAGCCCCAUCUAAGAGCGCAGCUGGAGGCCGACCUCAAGGCUAUAAGCGACGGAACUAAACAGCCGCAUCUCGUGCUAGCCGAACAGAUAGCGAAGUACAAAGAGGCGUUCGUUAAAGCGAUGGCGGAGGCGAACAAGAUCGACGACGCGCUCGCCGAGCGGUUCAGCGAGCGGCCCAGCGAAUACGUGCCCACUAUUGAGACACUACCGGCCGAUAUGCCUUCAGUAUUAAAGUGCCCUAAGUGCGGUUCGGCAAUGGUGGUUAGGAGGAAGAAGAGUAAUGCAGAGGAAUUGUUUAUAAGUUGCCUGUCUUACCCGGGUUGCAAGAACGCCGUUUGGUUGCCGAGCGUGGUCAAGACGUUGCAAGUGUUGCCAGAAACCUGCACCACGUGUGGUCCAAACUACAGCAGGGUGAAAUUCGAAUGGCGGAAUAAUUCGUUGAGCCACUUGUAUCCGCCGCCUUACGUAGGCUGUGUAGGCGGCUGCGAUCCGACCUUCCUGGAGGUUCUCCAGAUAAAUCCGUCCAGCGUGAAGCUCACGAAUCCAAGCCAAAAUGUACCCAACGCCAAUAGAAGCAACGGUGAAAAUCGCGCGAACGACACUAGAUCGGUUAACACGCAAAGAAAUAUAGCAUCGGCCAAUGUGCCGAGACCAAACAAUGUACCGAGGCCGAAUAGCUCCAUUGGUAAUAUGCCAAACAGGCAAAGUAAUACUGUUUCGAGAAAUAUUCCGCAAAGGCAAAACAGUUCGGGCGGCGCUCAGACGAAUCAAUUUCAACCUUCGUACCAUAACGAUAGAGUGCAGAAUCCUGUGCAAGCGGUACCCACACCGAGGAUCGUCGGUGACGCGGAGGACAACAACGUUAUUUGUGGCUGCAACAAGCCAGCGAUUCAGCUGACCGUUAGGAAACAGAACGCAAACUUUGGUAAGAAAUUCUACAAAUGCCCGGUUGGUAAGGAGAGCGGCGGGUGCGACUUCUUCCUGUGGGCGCCUGACGCCGAGGGUCGGGGCCUGAGCCACUUCGAGACGCCGCCGGAGUCCAGCAACUCCUGGGCCUUCGGCUCCACGCCCCCCACCAGCUCCAGGGGCUGGGGGACGGCGCCCAGCUUCGACAGGGGCGAUUACGCCCAGAAUGACGACAACGUCAUGUGCAACUGUGGACUGCCUUGCAAGAGAAUAACCGUCCAAAAGGAGGGUCAAAACAAAGGCCGCCCAUUCUACGGAUGCCCGAAGGACUUCAAUUCGCGAUGCAAUUUCUUUCAAUGGGCUGAUUCUGGAAGCACUGUUUCAGCCGAGUGGAGCGGCGGUAAUCCGACGCGCGGUAGGGGUCGCGGACGCGGAGGCGGGAGCGGACGAGGCGGCGGAGGCGGAAGCGGACGAGGUAGCGGGCGCGGGAGCGGUGACAGCUCAGGAGCGAGGACGAGGAAGUGCGGGCUGUGCAAGCAGGAAGGACACACGAGGGCCCGUUGCCCUAACAACGCGCAA